CGGUUCAUUGUUUUGAGCUGCUGCGAAGCUAGUUGAAAUCAAUGUAAAAUAGGCAAUAAAUGAUCUAAACAUAAUACCCUAAUACGAUUUACACCGCGUAUUGAGCUAAAACGGAUGUUUGUAUUUAAUACAAUGCCUUGCUGGGCGCGCAAACGUUCUGUUUGGAGAAAAAAACUACUUCACUUUAGUUAGCAUGCUAGCCUUUUAGCUAGGUUAGCCAACGCUAGCAAAGAUUGAAUACCAGUGCUGCUCGGCUUCUCUUCAAAUUAAAGAAAUGUUGGGGUUUCUGGCAGCAAGACAGGCUGGCCUGGACGACCCUCUGCGACUGAGACGUGCAGAGUCAACGAGAAGGGUCCUGAGUCUGACGUUGAAUCCUGACAGAGACGUGGAUAGAAUCCACGGAAAUGGCAUCAAUGCGAUUGACAUUGAUGCAGUAGAGGGCAGAUACAUGUUGUCUGGCGGAGCAGAUGGAGUGAUUGUUAUCUAUGACUUGGAAAACUUCACUGGGAAACUUCAGUACACCUGCAAGGCUGUAUGCACAGUAGGCAGGUCCAGUCGAUAUGUCCACAAAUUCAGUGUAGAGACAGUCCAGUGGUAUCCUUAUGACACGGGCAUGUUUGUCUCCAGUUCCUUUGAUAAGACUAUGAAAGUCUGGGACACUGAGACACUGAAGCCUGCAGAAGUCUUUGAGUUUGAGGGCAAUGUCUACAGCCACCAUCUUUCCCCCAUUGCCAGGAAGCACAGUCUCAUCGCAGUUGGCACCAAAAAUCCUAAAAUCCAACUGUGUGACCUGAAGUCUGGCUCACACAUUCAUGUUCUUCAGGGUCACAGAGCAGAGGUCCUGUCUGUGCGCUGGUCCCCCAGAUAUGAGCACAUCUUAGCCACUGCCAGUGCAGACAGCAAAGUGAAAGUAUGGGAUGUGCGCCGGGCUUCUUCUAGUCUCUUCACUUUGGAUCAGCACAAUGGAGACAAAUCAAAAGCCGCCUCUGAGGCAGUGAACACAGCUCAUAAUGGCAGAGUAAAUGGCCUGUGCUUUACUGGCGAUGGCCUCUACCUCCUCACCACUGGAACUGAUGAUCGUAUGCGACUAUGGAAUAGUGCCACUGGGGAAAACACACUGGUAAAUUACGGGAAGGUCUGCAACGAGAGUCGUAAAAGGCUACAGUUCACAGUGUCACGCGGCUGCAGCCCAGAGUUUGUGUUUGUGCCAUGCGGCAGCUCCGUAGCUGUGUAUGCCCUCCACACAGGAGAGCUGGUCACUAUGCUCAGGGGUCACUACAACAACGUUGACUGCGUCGAGUUCCACCCAGACUACCAGGAGCUGUAUAGUGGAGGUAAAGACUGUAACAUCCUCGCGUGGGUUCCUGUCCUUCGUACCUCUGAUGUGGAAGAAGAGUCAAAAAGUGCAAAUCAGGCUGCUGCUGGUCAGUCAGCAGUGAACCCUGCCUUUCAGGACGCAUGGAGCAGCGACGAAGAUUAAUGCUGGUGUUUUGCAUGUGUCGACAAAGAGGACAUACACAGUGUGCCACCAUGGAAAUGAGCACACAUUUGUCACAAUUAACUUGUGAAAAACUGACAGAUCCACGGGCACCUGUGGAUUAUGGGUUUAGGGAAAUUUCUCCUGUUUCGUCAUUGCAAAGAUGAAGGCCUUGAAAUUAAAAUGAAAGCUGUAAAUAAUUGUAUGGUUUUAUGAAUAUGCAUACUGUUAUGAAUAAUUCUUGUUUUUUUACAUUUUGUAUAUUUUGCUAUUUUUUUUAAUUAUUUGAAUAUAAAGCCAUUUUAUGUUUUCAGUAAUGCAUUGCAUUAAUUGAGGAUAUCUUCCAUUGUUUGUUGAACUUAUCCAUUUAUUGUUUAAAGGUUUAGAAGUUUUGAAAUAAGCAUAAUGCAUAUUUGCUGUUAUUUGAAUUAUGAUGCUGACACUAUAUGAGGUUGAGACAUUUUUUAUGUACCUAUGUUAAGAUUGUUUCAAAGUGGACAUUACUCUGUGUGUGUGUGUGUGCGCGUGCGUGUGCGUGUGCGCGUGCGUGUUUGUGUGUGAGCGUGUGUGUGAGCAUGAGCAGAGACUACCCAUAAUCCUCACAUGGGAGUUACCAGAAAUACAAAAACAACCUUUGUCUUAUUGUCAUCGGCAUAAAAUUUGCAUUUGUUUGUAAACUCUGCUUUCAGCUCCUGCUGAAACCCACAACGAGGAGUGAUAGUGAAACCUUUCUCUCUGUCCCACCCUCCUCCAUUUACACAUUGCUUGGUUACCAUGUGGACACCUGGGAACCAAAAAAGGCCAUUGCAUAUCAAUCCAAUGAUUUUAAAAAUGUAAACACUAUUUAUGCCCAGCAUACUGUUUCUGUCUCUGCUAUACAUUGUGCUGCUCAGCUCUUUUUUUCAGAGUUACCUGAAGUGUCUUGAAUUGUACAGCCUUUAACAAGUCUUUUAAUAAACGCACUGAAAAUGCUA